ACCGUUGUGUAAAACUAGCUAGUGUUGUCUUCGCAGGAUUACUGGACACUUGAAAAUUGACAAUACGUUAAAAAUGCAAUGUUAGUGACUUGUACAUCACUUUGCCGACAUUGCAGAAGAGUAAGAGUGAAUGUGUAUGGGCGUUAGAACACGUUAUUCAAGAGGAGCUCUGCAGGCGAGGACUUUGGUGUAUUGUAAUUAAAUGAUCCCCGAGGACCCUCGCCGAUUUGCGCCGUGCCGGAUGCAAUAGCGCCUCUAGUUCCUGGUGGUGCUGCGUAUAUGGAAGGACAAAACGACAUCAAGCAAAGGAUUUUGGGAUUGGAGAGCUUGGCCAAUAACGGACCAUAGAUAUUUCGAAAAAAACCCCACAAUGACGCCCUUCAAUUUUUGUUGCCAUAUCUCUAUAUCUAAACAAACAAUGUUCAAGGCACAGUGGCUUUUUGAACAGCUUUCCAACUCUUUCACUCAAAAGCAGCUUAUUUACAAUGAUUACUUUAUUUGCGAGUCACCUUGUCUGCCUAGUAUAAAGGCACAUGGAAUUUGAUUCUCUUCUAACACUGCCGAGGAGAAUGUCAGGUGCUGAACUAAUGAAAAAAUCACAAGAGGAUACAAUGGAUGAACUAGACCAAAAUCCUACAAUAAAGGCGACCUGCACAAUCAUGGAGGACACAUGUACGCCGAAUAAGUCUCCCAUAGAAGACAACAGACAACAUGAUGAUCCAGUGGGCAUGUAUAACAAGGAUUCUUCUGAUAAUCUUGAAAAUCCGUGUACUACUCCAACAAAAUCCAUACAUGAGCCUACAGAAAUGCAAGCACCUAAUGACAAGCCUCUGUCUGAUAUUUCCUGUGAAGAGAUGUCUAUAUUGAAGGACGAUUCAAAAAAGGAUGAUUCUGAUGGGAAAAUGUAUGACGCCAAUCACAAACGUGACAGUUUAGAGAUCGAACUUCAGAGAUCCUCUCUACUUAUCGAACAGCCCAAACAAACAAGUGAGGAGAAUAAUGCCUCAAAUAGCUUAUCCCCUAUACAUGUACCACUCCCAGAAGCUGAGCAGAAGCACAGUGCUCAGCAGUGCAAUAAGAAACCUUUGACUGUAGGUGAAUGUCAUUCUGAAGAAAGUGAUGCAGUGCAUACAGAUAAUCCACUUGAAAGAGAUGGUUCCUCAUAUCGUGGCCGUCCACGCAAGGAAAAGCGAGUUAUUAAAUGUGAGUUCUGUGGACGCCCAUUCAAUCAUGCAUCAGCUUACAUAAUCCACCGGCGUGUCCACACAGGUGAGAAGCCUUUCAGUUGCCAGGUUUGUGGUAAAGCCUUUGCUCAACUUUCCAACCUAAGAUCACACACAAAGAUUCAUAAUGCACCUAAAAGUUUAACCCUGCAAAAUUCUAGCAUACAUCAAAACAAAGCCAAUGUUCCCAAGAGUGUGACACCACCAAAAGAGAACCAAGCAAGCAUGACUCCAGUUUUUAUAAAUGACUGCCCAGACAAAAGCAAUGAGCCUCUAAAUAGAAGCAGAAAACCCGUAGCUUGUCCUAUCUGCGGAAAGGUCUUUCCAUACAAAUCAGUGCUUAAAAUACAUCUUCGGACGCACAGCGGAGAAAAACCAUACUCCUGCAGAGUGUGUGGCAAAGCAUUUACACAGGCAUGCACUGUCCGUGUACAUGAAAGAGUACACUGGUCCGUCAAACCUUUUCUGUGUUCCAAAUGUGGGAAAGGAUUUUCACAGAUUGGGACACUGAAAGGUCAUACCUGCGAAGGGAAAAGGCAGACCCAUGCUACUUUAAAAGAAAUGGAAAUGGCUGGUGUUGUAACCUUCAGGUGUCAUCUUUGCAAAAAGUGCUUUAGCACAAGAGAUGAGUAUGAUGUUCAUGUGCAAGGACACACAGAUAGUCACCGUUAUAGUUGUGAUAGGUGUGGUCAGAAAUACAGUCUUCGCUCUGAGCUUGACACUCACGUAAAACAUUGUUUUUCAAUGUGGCUUGCAAAGACAGAGCCACAUAGUCAUUCUCCAGUCAAGGUAGAAACCAAAAUCACAGAGUCUAAAACAGAUGAAGGCUCACAGGCUGCAAAUACAGAAUUCACACCCACAAAAGUGCAGAGACCCAGCUUGGUUGAAUUUUGUAAACAGGAAUACCAGAGUAAGCAGAGUAAAACACCACAGUCUGAGUUUUUCCAGCCUCAGAAACGUAAGAAAUACCUUUCUCUGCUGGCUUGCCCACCUAAGGUGAUAGCCACCUCUACUUAUAAUCCUGAAGACAACCUUAGUCAUUGUCAGCCUUUUAAAGCAAGUAACAUUGUAGCUCUGUUAAACAGUCUGGACCAGAAAUCUGACCCAAGAAAGUAUUUGUGUCCACGCUGCGGACGGCUUUUCAGGCAUGUAGGAAGACUGAGAGCCCACAUGCUAAGUCAUGCUCGGGGUAAGAGUUUCACCUGCGGCCACUGCGGGAAAAUUUCAGAAAACUGGAGCAACUUUUGGCGUCACCAGCGUGUGCACAAACAAAGACGAGGCCGCUUCUUUUGUCCAAAAUGUGGUCAGGGUUUUCGCUUUGCCAGUAUCUACAUGGAGCACCUGCAACAACAUCCAGAGCUUAAUGCAUAUUUUUGCCCCAUCUGUCCUCACACUUUUUCCAAUGCUACAAGUUUGAAGAACCACCAACAGGAAUGGCAUCAGUCAAGCAUGCCUCAUUUAUGUGACAUCUGCGGAAAAGGUUUUACGACUUCCAUAGUCCUAAAGCGUCAUCGAGUUACGCAUUGUUUUAAAAACUCACAGGUGGAUAUGCCUUAUGUGGUUGAUGUGCAGCCAAUGAUGAAACCUUAUGAAUGUGGUAAGUGUGCUGCCAGUUUUAAAACCUUGGAUUUACUUUUCAGUCAUCAGCUCUGCCAUUCAACGAAAGGCCUGAGCUAUCGAAACAAUAAUGGGCAAGAACACCUGAAGAAGGGGCAACACUCUCCACCGGACAGAAACAACCUCUACUUUAGUAUUUCUACAUCUCAUCAACAUAAUUCAGAACCUUGUCAAGAUCUCAUUCAUGGUCAUCACUUCCCUCCAGAUUCAGUUCAAACACAAACCCAGCAGGGAAUGGAUAUCAGUAAUGUACAAAAUAUGCGGACUUUUCCACUUGCCUCGUCCGAUUCUAAGCCCAGACAUUUAGGAAAAAAAGAAAUAAAAAGCUCUAUGUGUACUUAUGUGAGCACUGUGAAAACUAAGGAAAUGCACAGUGGGAUUACUCUACAGUCCAAAUCAGUGCACAAAGCUGGGCAUCUAGUGUGCACAGACUGUGGUGCUUGUUUUGCUUUUCUUCCAGCCUUGCAUGAACAUUACUUGAAACAUGCCAGAGGAGAGAUAUAAAUAUGAUGCCAUUAUAAAAGAAUUCUCAGCACACAUUUUAGAGGACAUUUUAAAACCAUUGGCCAUGAGCGCUGCAUGGGACAUUUUUCACGUACUACUCUAAACUCUAAAACUAGUUAUAGAAGUGCACAAUUUGUCAUUGUUUUUAUGUGAAUAGUGUGCUCCUAUAAUAAAGACAGACAUCUUUUUUAUCAAAUGAUUGUAGGAAGUAUUACCUGCACUUGGAUAUUGACAGUGAAAUAUCAGUUCUGUUUAGGUCUGUUGAAGCAUUAAAUAUAGCAGUUAACUACUUGUGUAGUUAAGAAAAAGGUCUCAAAACGAACAUGGUCUGGAAUAACUAAAACACCCAAGUUUAAAUAAUAGUUUAGAGAGCUGUUCAAAACUGCUGUACAUUUUUGUGAUUAAAAUUGGUUUGGAAAUUCAGAAGUUGGCCAUUUUAAAAUGGUGGUAUUAAGGGUGCUCAAUACUCAGAAGUGUUUUUUUUUUUUUUUUUUAAUUAUUUUGUAUAUCUUGUUUUAUAUAGUUUUUUUAUUUAAUAUAUCUGUACUUUUUAUACCUAAAAUGUAUUUUCUCUGUAGUGCAUGUUUUAAAAUAAUCCAAUAAAGAAAGAAGAAGAAUGAGUUAAGUAGGAUUUGGCUGUAAUAUUCAAGAGGUGUAGACAAUAAUAUACCAUGUACCUUAUGGUAAAUAGAAGCAUUGUUUAUUUAAUCAUCUCAGGACCUAGACUCUCCAUAGAUUACAAAAGCUGAAUAGAAUUCAAGUCGGCUAAAAAGUACUUGCUAAGUUUUCCUCUCCAAAACUCCAACUGCAACCACUUAGACAGAAAACACACUACUGAUCAUAAAGUCUUAGGGAACACCAUGAUCAGUACCGACAAGGUGUGUAAGGUAGUGACUGAUCUUGUGUGUGUGUGUGUGUGUGUGUGUGUGUGUGUGUGUGUGUCUAUAUAGUCCAGAUCCAUUCUUUUUAAUGUCUGUGUACAUGCACUAUCCAUAAAACAUUUUAAACACUGAACAUACUUUAAAAACACAUCCACAGUGAUUAUGGCUGGCUCAAAAAGUACUCAUGUAAUGCAUUAGAUAUUAUAAAUGUAUGCUAACUAACAUGUUAGCUAACUGUACAAUGUGCAUGCAUUUGUCACUUUACUUUUGAACUAGGGUAUAUCUGUUAUUGUUGUGUUAUUAUUAUGGAAUUGAAUCUAACAUUCAUUAGUUUCUCCCUUUAUUGGACUACAAUAUCAAUCCUUAUUCACCAUAACUGACAGUCUACCAAGCUAAAAUGCAAUGUCAAGCCAGACAUUGCGUUGUUUUCAAAGUGAAUAGGCUGCUCAUGCGUAGCCAGUGGCGUGUCUACGUUUCCUGGCUAAUUGUGUAGAUCAGUACAUGAGUAAUAUAUAUUUUUCUGUUUACCUGUCCAGUUCACAUGUUUUGGUAGUUUACCUGCAAAGCCAUAUCUCAUAGCCAGUGGAAUGUAAGUGGCAGUUGGAGUGGCAAGUAUAAUGGUCUAUUUUUCUAGAGUUAAUUUUAAAAAACCAGAACAUAUUUUAAAGGAAUUCAUUCUUCAGUUAUGCAAGCAAAAUGUAAGAGAAGCCCACUGCAGCUACCCUAUGUUUUAAUAAUGGUUUGAAAUGAGUGAUUACAUUAAAACUAUGUUUUACCAUAUGAAACCAUUUUUUUUCCCACUUUCUCUCCCAUUGGGGCACUUGGCUGAGAGUACAAUAAAUCACUCAUGUGCAUCUGCCUUUGCAGAGGUAAAAGUUAUUCAGUUUAUUUAUUCAGAUAUAUUUGCUGUUGUUGUAAUGAGCAUCUCUAAUGUCACAAGAUGCCAAAUCUGAAGGGACUAAUUGCGGCUCAUGGUGUCCCUGAUCCAGGCAGAGUAGUUGCAGACUUUCGUGUAGACA